AUGCAGAUAGAGAGUAUGGUGACAGACUUCCAUGCGGUUGUUGCAGUCGAAGGUCAAGUUCCGGAGGCGGAACAGGCGCCUGCAUUGGUGGAUGCGCUUAGAUCCAGGUUUGGAAGGACAAAUGAAAUCCUACAGAGUACCCAGGGUAUUGUACGAGAGCUCAAUCGGGAGUUGAAGACAUGA